CUGAUCCACCUGGGGAUGCCCGCGGGCCUCACGGAACCGGCCGGCGCCGCUCCCCCGGCCGGUGUGAGCGCCUCCGGGCCCGUGAGCAUGGCCCCCGCCGGGACUCUGCCGGUCCGGGUGGAGGGCGCCGCGCUGGCCUUGGGCGCCGUGACGAAGGCUCCUGUCAGUGUCUGCGUGGAGUCCACGGCGUCGCAGCCCCCGCGGCCCCCCGUGGGGACCGUAGUGACCAAAGUGGCUCCUGUCAGUGCUCUCCCUAAACUCAGCAGCGGCCCCCCGCUGCCUGCUCCUCAGCUAGUCGCUGUGAAAGCCCCCAACACCACAACAAUCCAGUUGCCUGCCAACUUGCAGCUUCCUCCAGGAACAGUUUUGAUCAAAAGUAACAGUGGCCAGUUGAUGUUGGUAUCUCCCCAGCAAGCUGUGACAAGAGCAGAGACCACUACCAACGUAACUUCAAGGCCAGCUGUACCAACAAAUACUCAUACAGUCAAAAUCUGUACAGUGCCGAAUUCAAGUUCACAGUUAAUUAAGAAAGUGGCAGUGGCACCUGUUAAAAAAUUGGCACAAAUAGGAACUACUGUGGUACCCACUGUUCCAAAGCCUUCCUCAGUACAAUCUGUAGCUGUGCCAACCAGUGUUGUCACAGUUACUUCUGUAAAGCCCUUGAAUUCUAUAACUACCCUGAAGCCUUCAAGUUUGGGAGCAUCAGCUGCCCCAUCUAAUGAGCCCAGUCUUAAAGCAGAGAACUCAGCAACUACUCAGACAAGUCUUUCUCCGGCAAUGCUAGAAAAUGUGAAGAAGUGUAAGAACUUCCUUGCAAUGUUAAUAAAACUAGCUUGUAGUGGAUCACAGUCCCCAGAAAUGGGGCAGAAUGUGAAGAAACUGGUGGAACAACUUUUGGAUGCAAAAAUUGAAGCAGAAGAAUUUACUAGGCAACUGUAUGUUGAACUCAAGUCUUCACCUCAGCCUCACCUAGUUCCUUUUCUUAAGAAAAGUGUGAUUGCCUUACGACAACUCAUGCCCAACUCCCAGAGCUUUAUUCAGCAGUGUGUUCAGCAGACCUCUAAUGAGGUAGUCAUUGCUACCUGUACCACAACGGCAACAACAUCUCCCGUGGUGACAACAACAGUUUGUUCAAUCCAGUCUGAAAAACCCGUCAUUGUUUCUGGAGCAACAACACCCAGUACUGUGUCAGUGCCAACUCUGAAUCCACUUGCUGGUCCAGGGGGAGCAAAAACUGGAGUUGUGACACUUCAUUCUGUGGGUCCAGCUGCUGUACCAGGAGGAACAACAACUGGAACUGUUUUGCUUCAGACUCCAAAACCACUUGUGACAUCUAUACAGAACACAGUUACAGCAGUCUCACUUCAACCUGAAAAGCCAGUUGUCUCUGGGGCAGCAGUCACACUGGCCCUUCCAUCAGUAACAUUUGGAGAAACCUCAGGAACAGCUCUCUGUCUUCCAUCUGUGAAACCUGUUGUUACUUCUCCUGGGACCACAUCUGACAAGGCGGUCAUUGCCCCAGUCCAAAUCAAACUUGCACAGCCGGGUCCUAUCCUUUCACAGCCAGCUGGUGUUCCCCAGACAGUCAAAGUCAAACAACUAGUAGUCCAGCAGCCUUCAGGAGGUGUUGCAAAACAAGUGACCACACUUUCCCAUUCCUCAGCAUUGACCAUUCAGAAAUCUGGACAGAAGAAGAUGCCAGUGAGCACUGCAAUACCUACCAGUCAGUUUCCUCCAGCUUCCAUUCUAAAGCAAAUUACCCUGCCAGGAAAUAAAAUUCUAUCACUCCAAGCAUCUCCUAUUCAGAAAAAUAAAAUAAAAGAGAAUGGAACAUCCUUCAGAGAUGAAGAUGACAUCAAUGAUGUGACUUCCAUGGCAGGAGUCAACCUCAGUGAAGAAAAUGCCUGCAUCUUAGCAACAAAUUCUGAAUUGGUUGGCACACUUGUACAAUCAUGUAAAGAUGAACCAUUUCUUUUCAUUGGAGCUCUGCAAAAGAGAAUUUUAGACAUUGGUAAAAAGCAUGACAUUACAGAACUUAACUCUGAUGCUGUGAACUUGAUCUCCCAUGCAACACAGGAGCGAUUACGAGGCCUUCUAGAAAAACUGACUACAAUUGCUCAGCAUCGAAUGACAACUUACAAGGCAAGUGAAAAUUACAUCCUGUCUAGUGAUACCAGAUCACAACUCAAGUUUCUCGAAAAGCUAGAUCAAUUGGAAAAACAGAGAAAGGAUUUAGAAGAAAGAGAAAUGUUACUUAGGGUAGCCAAGAGUCGUUCCAAUAAAGAAGAUCCAGAACAGCUGAGAUUAAAGCAGAAAGCCAAAGAGUUACAACAGUUGGAGCUUGCGCAGAUACAGCAUAGAGAUGCUAACCUCACAGCUCUUGCAGCCAUUGGACCAAGAAAGAAGAGACCACUAGAAUCUGGGUCUGGAAGUGAGGGCUUAAAAGACAAUCUUCUUGCUUCUGGAACGUCCGGCCUGACAGCCACCAAACAGUUGCUUCGUCCAAGAAUCACAAGAAUUUGUCUCAGGGACUUGAUAUUCUGUAUGGAACAGGAAAGAGAGAUGAGGUAUUCUCGAGCUCUAUACCUUGCCCUUCUGAAGUGACCGCUGCACUCUCCAUCCAGAUCCUUGCUGUUUACUGCCAAAGAAGACAUAAAGAGCAUUGUUGCACUCUCCUGAAAUUUCAGUUUCUGGAAAAUAAUCACUAAUAGGGAACACCAUUGUUUACAGUUAUAAACUUUUAUUAAAUCUUACUUAUACAUCCCAUGGGGUUCUUAAUGAUUAGAAUUCAACUUUGUCUUCUGGAAAUUGGUUAAUGAAAUACAGUUUAUACAGGCAUAGGUUUCUGUCUACCUGUGCAUUUAAUUACAGCAAGUUAAGGCCCUGUUUGAUACCACCUGUUUCAUUUGCCAAACUGUUAACAGGUGAGGUGACUUUCCCUAAUACAGCCUGCAUUAAGAUGCAGGGAAGGAAAGGAAGAAUCACUGCUUACCAAGCAAACUGUAUUUCAUCCUCUGCUAAACCUGUCUUAGGUUUUCUGGGCUGGGAUCAGAAGCCGCCUAGCUAAUUGUGACAGUCACCUUCUGUAGUUGCAGGUGACAAGCCACAGAGUACAGUCUGUGGUGACUGGUCAGCUGCGUCCCAAUGUUGUCAAAACUGAGACAGAUGGGGAUAGUGUGUGCCAUAUGCUGCUUCUGAUAACUGAGUGAGGGGACAUCUUUGUCAGGGAAACUGUAAAACGGGAGCUGCUGAUAUACCUCACUGAAAACUGGAAAAGGUGGGAAGUAUUGGAAGGAAUGAAGGGACAUUGCAUCACCCUGAGGAGGGGAGAGUGAAAAUGGAAUCCCAGAGCUUGAAGUGUGCUGUGCAUGCUCCCUCCAUUCCAGUGGUGGAAUUGGAAUGCCAAUGCAGCUGGUACGCAUUUUGUUGACAGGACAAAAAUCACAGUCCAACCAAAAAGGAAAAUGUAUCAAACAUUUUCAAAUUUGCAGUAUUUCAAAAGGAAGAAGUUAUUUUUUUUUCUUUUGUGUAUUGUUUUAAACCUCAAGAAGGAUAGUUUUGUAAAAUCUUUUUCGUUACUGCAAGUUUUAAGCAUCUUGUUGCAUUUCAAAAAUCCUAAUUGAUGAUUAGAAAUUUUUAACAAUAGGACUCCAUUUUGAUUCAGUACUCAAAAGGUAAGGUCAGCAUCUCAUUGUUGGAGAUCUUUUCUCUAAAUGUAUUUUGAGAAGCAUGUCAUAUAUAUAUGUGAAAUAUAUAUAUAUUCAUCGGAGGAGGAACCUGAUGUUUUGUAAAGCAAACUUGUUUGUUUGUUUUUUUUAAUUCUACCUUUGUGGCACAUAGCUGGUGAAAAGUAGUAGCUGUAUUUAGAAUCACAUACAGAAAGAACCAGUAAAUCCUCCGGUAAGGUUGUAAAAAAAAAAAAAAAAAAAAAAAACAAGAAAGCUGUGCUUUUUAAGAAAAGAAUUCAGGGGAAAUAAA